GCAAAAGAGUAACAUCUUACACGCGUUGAUGGUCUCUUGUACUUAGUGCCACCGCAAAUUGUCUGUCUCCUCAAUAAUCAGUUGGACUACUGCAGCCAGCCAUACGAGUCGAGAAAAAAACAAAAGGAUAGAUAUGUUGUUUACACUUUUUAAGCAUUUCACUUGCCAUCAGAUGGCAUUAUAUUACACUCUCCUGAAUCUUGAUUUGACCAAAUCAGCUGUAUCAGUGAUCAUCCACCUCGAGCUUCUUAUCUGUUGCUUGCGUUAUAUGUCUAUGCUGUAUGCAUGUCGCAGUCUAAACGGUUAGCUCUUUUAUAAUCACAAAGACUGUUCCAGUUUCUUAGGUAAUUAAUAUGCUAAAUCUUUCAAAAAGGUUUUCAAGAUCUGGUUGUCGUCUUUGAGAAUUUUCCAAUAGGAACCUGGAACUGAGCAUAAAUAAUGUCUAUAAUUUGAUUACACUUCCAGUUCUUCUCAAGCUACAUAUUCAUUGUAAACAUGAUAUCAGAAGUUUUGAGGAAGGAUGCUAGCUUAAUUUUGGAUGUUGGUCAUGGUGGUGGGAUGGGCUUACAGAGGAUAUGUCGACCACCAGAGUGGCAGCAACGAUUGUUGCUGCAUUUCUUAUCAUUUUUUGGUAUUCCUGGUUGAUGAACAAAUCAAAAACAAUUUCUCCCCCAUUGCCACCCGGCCCGCGAGGUUUGCCUCUGGUAGGAAACCUUCCUUUUGUUGAACCUGAGUUUCAUCGUUACUUUGCCAAAUUGUCUGAAAUUUACGGGCCAAUCUUUAAACUUCAAUUGGGUAGGAAAACUUGCAUUGUCAUUGGCUCCAACUUCCUUGCUAAACAGAUCCUUAAGGGCCGGGACGCAAUCUUCGCUAAUCGUGAUCCUCCUGUAGUAGCACUAGCUGCCACAUACGGUGGCCUUGACAUAGCGUGGAGGCCAAAUAGUGAAGGAUGGCGAAAGCUUCGAAAGGUUUGUGUUCGAGAAAUGAUGAGCAACACUACUCUUGAUGCUUGUUACAUGUUGCGGAGACGAGAGCUCCGCAAAAUGGUGAAGGAAGUAUACGAAAAGGUUGGUUCACCUGUUAACAUAGGCGAGCAAAUAUUUCUUACCAUUCUAAAUAUCAUCCUGAGCAUGCUAUGGGGCGAAGCGCUCCAUGACAAGGAUAGGAAAGGAAUUGGGGUUGAGCUUCAGCAAGCGGUUCUAGAGAUUGUUGAAUUGUUAGGGAAACCUAAUAUUUCUGACCUUUACGCUGCCCUUGCAAAGUUAGACUUACAGGGGAUAGAAUCGAAAAUUAACAAGCUGCGGCAGUGGUUUGAUACGAUUUUUGAGUCUGUGAUUGCUGACCAUAAUUACGUCGAUCAAGCUAAGAGCAAGAUAAGCAAGGAAUUUUUGCAGUUUUUGUUGGAGCAUAUGAAGCAAGGAGAUAAUAAAUCCACCUUCUCCAUUACUGAACUCAAGGCUCUUUUCAUGGACAUUAUUGUUGCGGGAACAGACACAAAAUCCACUACAGUAGAGUGGGCAAUGGCAGAAAUCCUGAAACAUCCAGAAGUAAUGGCAAAGAUUCAUGAAGAACUGGAAAGAGUAGUAGGGAAUAAUAACAUUGUAGAAGAAUCUCAAUUACCAGAGCUUCCCUACUUGGAAGCAGUAAUCAAAGAAACUCUUCGACUACACCCACCCAUUCCUCUCCUUAUCCCACACAGCCCUAGUAUAUCCUGUACGGUUGCCGAAUACACCAUUCCUAAGGGUUUAAGGGUGUUCUUCAAUGUAUGGGAGAUACAGAGGAAUCCCGAUGCUUGGAAUGAUCCUUUAGAGUUUCAACCUGACAGGUUCCUAAAAGAAGCUGGAAAAAGUGAUUACUGGGGAAAUGACUUCAAUUUUCUUCCGUUUGGAUCUGGGAGGAGGGUAUGUGCUGGCAUUCCUUUAGCAGACAGGAUGGUUAAGCAUGCACUAGCUACCCUUUUACAUUCUUUCGACUGGAAAUUGGAGGAAGGGACCGAGCUUGAUUUAACCGAGAAGUUUGGUAUUGUUUUAAAGAAAAUGACACCGCUAGUCUGCAUUCCGACUGCAAAGUUAUCUACUGCAGAGUCAUACUGUUGAACUUGAUUCACAUGUAAACAUAUCAAAAGGGUUAAUAUCAUGUCCGCAUGAAAUUUCCACCUGCAUAAAAAUUUGAGUUUCUCUAGUAAUUGCCUGAUCAGAGUUGACUCAGUAAAUUGAAGACGUCUAAGGUACUGUAACACUACGAUCAAGAAAUUAUGAAUGGAAAAUAAAUAUUGCAGAGGGUAUUGAGGUUAUAUUAUAUGAUUCCACACCAGAAAUAAAUUACUAAGUCCCAGUAAAUGAGCAAAGAGUAACACCUUACACACAUGAGCCGUACGGUGAUCAAUUUUCAUUAACUCCAUUUCCAAUUCAGUUGUCUCUAAAUUCGGUGGAAGU